AUGGCAACGACCAAACAGAACGAAUCAAGCGGACAGCUUUUCAAUCGUAUCAACGAAGUAUUAUCACCGUUUUUACGAAAUGAACAAUGUUUCAACUUCUGUCAUUAUUUGUUUCAACGCUUCCAAAGGAAGCAACAAAUUGCAAUUUUGCUACCGAAACACAACCGCAAAACACACGAUGAAAGCAAGACCGCCAAUGCUGAAAGCAAUUUGGAAAAGGAGGAGAAACGGCGGAAAAAGGAAGAAAAACGCAAACGCGAGGAACAAAAGAAGGAGGAAAAACGCAAACGUGAAGAAGAAAAGGAGGAAAAACGUAAACGCGAAGAAGAAAAGAAGGAAGAACGACGGAAGCGGGAAGAAGAAAAACGGAAAAAAAAGCAGUCCCAACUGCGCCUUACAUCUCUAUUUACAAAAGCUCCAGAGGAGAAGCUUACUUGUGCUGGGCAAAGCGACUCGAACCAAAUCACAGAAACUCGAAACAUAUUCCCACCCUUCUAUUUCAAGGAUAAUGUGGUUAUGGAUCAAUGGACGACUACCAAUAAGGAUCGUAAUAUGGAGUUGGACCAUCACCUCAAGACACUCACAACUGACAAUUAUCGAUUCUGUGAAGUAUCGAAUGAUUUGCGAUCGCAAUACCUACAAGCAUUAAAGCAGUCCAAGCCUGAACUCACUCAACGACGAGUUUCUAUGAAGUUCUCGCAAUUCACCGAAGAUGUUCGGCCAGCGUAUUAUGGCACAUGGACCAAAUCGAGUAAGAAAAUCAACGGUCGAGCACCACUUGCCCAAGACGAUCAGCUUGUCGUUUAUGACCAUGAUAAUGUUGCCGACCCAGAGGAUGCUGGCUGGCUUGUCCCUGAAGGGUACUUAUCAGAAGGUGAAGGUGUUGAAAGUGAUGAUGAACGUACGAGUCAAGUCAGACCGGCCAUGCGACCUAUUAGAAAACGCACUGCUAUCCGCCCUGUUGUUGUGGGACCCGUUUUCGAUGAUGGCGAUCUAGGAGAAAAUGAUCCACUAAAACGUUAUGCGACGCGAAUGCUGUUUGAUUUUCCUAAAGAUAAGCCGUACGAUCCUUUUUAUGUGGAAGCCGACGAUGCUGCAAAUACCAAAUACACAUCUAGCACAGCCGACGACUUUUCGAAGAAAUCCAUUGCUUCUACGGCACAACAUGAAAAUCAAUCGAUCAAGCACAGACGCAAUGCCAAAACUGAUUUCAGAGGCCAAGUCAAAUUGGACAGGCUAUUACAUGACAUGUCUAAGCGACAGAUUGAGAUGCAAAUUGAAAAUCUAGCUGUCAAAGAAAACGGGGAACUGAGACGAAACCUGCCUGGCAUGUCGAAGAUUCUCUCAGCAACAUACUCUUAG